CGCACCCCUGCGCGAAUUUUAAUGCCAGUGUGUCAAGCUUUAUACGAACAAAGUGUUAAAAUAUCGUAAAGGAAUAAUAUAAGUUAUAAAAUGGAUACGAGUGCCAUGAGUACAUCAGGUCUGCUAGAGUGGGAACUUUCUCUACCAUCAGACCAAAUAAUUUCACACGCGUGGUAUCAUGGCGCUCUCAGUCGAACUGCUGCUGAAAAUUUAUUGCAACAGGACCGUGAAUUCUUAGUCAGGGACUCGUCUUCACAACCCGAUAAUUAUGUACUCAGUUGUCGUUCAAAUGGCCAACAUUUACAUUUUGUUAUACAGCGCAUUGUCGUUCAUCCAGAAACUGUAUAUGAACGGUACCAAUACCAAUUUGAAGACGAAGCCUAUGACACAGUAGCUGAUCUGAUUACUUCUUAUGUUGGAUCAGGAAAACCCAUAUCAGCUGCUUCCGGUGCAAGGAUUCAAUACCCAGCGAACAGAAUGAUGCCUUUGACAUCGUAUAUCACUGGAGAUGAAUCGAAUCCUAUCAUAUCUCCAGCAGGAGAAAGCAAUUAUGGCAAUCCAUAUAGUCUAUACAGUCAUUUUGCAGCAAAACCUGGAAUGCAACUACGAGUGCCUUUCAAAAAGCAACGGUCACACUCGCUAACACCAAUAGACAUGAACCAGCAUGUAACUCACGGAAAGAGCGCAAGUGCUGAUGGGGUUAUACAAACAAAUAAGCAUUUAAUAAAAUUUUCGAGUGAAUCGUGUUCUAAUUCAUGGGACGCUAAUCUUCCUACGAGUCCACCGGCCAAACCAGCAAGAUACGACGGCCCUAAAGCAGACGAGAGGCGUUUAGAAUUACAAAGAUUGUACCACGUGUCUGGGUCCGAUUCCGGAAAUGGAUCUGGUGAUUCUACACAAAGUUCAGCUCACAGUGAUCCCAAUAAAUCAAGAGUGGAGUCAGAUUACAAUUUAACAACUCCUACAUUAAAACAACAAUUUGACUACGACUUAACGGAGGCUAAAUUGUUGCAAAUGGAGAACUUGGAUUACACAGUUGAAUCACGAAUCAAUCUAGAGAAUUUCCAAUCCCAAAUAAUUCCACCAAGCCUAAAUAAACCCUUGGAAUCAGAAACCUUGCACACAAUAAAAUUACUUCUUAGAACGUCUGGCCCUCGUAUUUUAGCAAAUCAUUUAACGAAAAUUGAUUUGCUGUUUUUACUAGAUGAAGCUGUUCAAAUUGAUGGACUUGAUAAAACAACAUCUGGUUUAGAACUAUGUUUCUUGCCGCAAGGAAGAAAUUUGCGAUUAGAUAUUAUAGAACGAAUUGAAACAUUUCGCCUCCUCAUCGCUGUUACAAUAUUGACAUGUCAGACGGAUCGACAAAGGGCAGAUAUAAUAAAUGAUUGGAUACUUUUAGCAAUAGAAACAAAAACAGCUUUAGGCAAUUUAUAUGGAUUUUCAGCAAUAAUGUUUGGUCUAUGCAUGCCACAGGUGGAAUGUCUUGAAAAUGCUUGGAAUAUACUCCGACGUGUUUACACCGAUAAUGCUUUUAUGUUCGAAGCAAAAUUACGACCUUGCUUCAAAAGCAUGAAUGAAGGAACUAACCCUCUUCCACCAAACACAACGACACCAUAUGUGGUACCGCCAAUUUUAUGCUUCCAUAUAUUCGACGGAGAUGGUGGAGCGCUUUUACAAGCAGAUGACACUUUUCCGGGAAGUCUCAUUAAUAAUUUAGAAUUCGACUUCAAUGCAACAGCAGCUCACCUUGAGGCUGCCAGACAUUACCCUGAUCAAGUUGAUAUGUUCAAAAGAAACGCUCGAACAGUGGUCCAGGAAAUGUCUUCGCUGGGGUCGACUUUAGAUCCUUCCUUACUCGAGUUGUUUCGGACGGAGUUUCACAUCAAUUUCUUAUGGGGCGAAAGAGGUGCUCUAACUACUCCCAAUCAGCGAUUUGCGCGAUUGACUGAUAUAUUAACUACAAUGGCGACUAAACUUGUCACCCAUGCACCAGAUCCUGAUGAUGUUGUGUAAUUAUUAUCAUAAUAUUACAAUAAUAUUUAAGAUAGGGGUCUUACACAUAUUAUCUGUUAUCGAAAAUGGCUGAAAGACCUUCCAAAGGCGAGAAAUAUGCGUUUGACUUAUAAGAAGCUGAUUAAGAUAUUGGAACUAUGAACUAUUAAAUUGCGACAUUGUAUACUAAGAUAUAAUUCGAUUAGAGAAAUUGUAAUAAAACUAAUUACUUUAAUUUUACCGAUUGCAAUAACUUUUUGAGACCUCAAUUAAUCAAUUAUAACCAAUAUUUUUCUUACACUGCCAAUAUACUGUGAAAGUUUAAUUGAAACAAAUCGAGUAAUAAAUUCCGUUUAGAAAGAUUUAUAGUUAAUAUUUAUACCUGAUAUAACGAAAUGGUUAUUAAUAUAGCAAUAAGUGACUUUCUUAUUUAUUGUAGGUAAUUGACUUCCAAUAGACUAUGUUUUUUAUUUGAAAACGAGUAGUUUCUUAUUCGUCAAUAUAGUUGUAUUACAUUUAUAAGAAAUACUCAAUUUACGCAGUAGUUACGAAUU